AUGAGUUUAGCCUUCAGCCGUGCACCUAGAAAGACAGCGGGGAACCGUAUGUCUAAACUCCUGGAUGCUGAAGAAGACGACGAAUUUUACAAGACUACCUACGGUGGCUUCCAUGACGAAUCUGGAGAUGACGAGUACAAGGGAGACUUGUCGGAUACAGAAGACGAAGUCGAUAGCGACUUUGACAUUGAUGAGGGCGAUGAACCGGACAGUGAGCAGGAGUACCGUGAGCCGCGCAGGAAGACGCGAGUCGUCACCAAGGCCUAUAAGGAACCCAUAAAGAUUAUGAAGCCAAAACCCAAAGCCAAGAAAGUAUCUGGGUUACCCAGAGGGAUGGAGAGAACCGGAGCAGACAAGAGAAAUCCUCUUGAACCUGAAGUGGACCUGGACAAGAACAGGAAGUCGGUGCGUCAAUCGACCACGGAGCACACCAGGCUGACGUACCUGAGACUGCAGGAGAGACAGGAGGCCCCACGCCGCAGGAGAGGAGCACGCCACGAGCAGCCCCUCACACAGGCUGAGCUCCUCGCGGAGGCCAAGAUAACUGCGGAGAUUAACCUCCGCUCAUUAGAGAACUAUGAGCGUCUGGAGGCAGACAAGAAGAAGCAUGUCCAUAAGCAGCGUCGCUGUGAGGGUCCAAUCAUCCGAUAUCAUUCUGUACUCAUGCCCCUGCUGGGAGACCCCACCGUCAAGGAGGAGAAUGUGGAUGUAGUUGGGUUAGACCAGGACAGUCAGCCGCCUCCAUCAGCUCCGUCGCAGUCAGAAGCUCCGCCCACCAGUGUCCUCUCCGCCCCUGGAGGCAAGUGCUCCCGAACGUAUAUCACGUUCAGCGACAACGAGACCUUUCACUCUUUUUUCCCUCAAGCCCCCGAACCUCACGUUCCUGCCCAGGAAAUCUGCCCCGUGACCCACAAACCCGCCCUGUACCGCGACCCCAUCACGGACAUCCCCUACGCCAACCUCUGCGCCUUCAAGAUCAUCCGCGAAGCUUACAAAAAAUACGUGGCCGCCCACGGGCUUCCCAGCGCCGGCGCUGGGCUGUCCGCCGACACUAACUCGAAGAAUCUCCGUCAGAAGAUUAUCAUUAAACAGGGCCUUUAA